AUGUACGCCUUCAAGACUCUCGUUGCCAUCCUGGCCCUUUCUCUCGUUUCCGUUGAGGCUGUUCCCGUUCGCCACCGCCGCCGGGACAGCUGCAGGGCACACUCGAGCAGUGCUGUCCUCGCCACGACUUCGACCGCGUCGGUCACCACCGACGUCUCGUCGGUCACCACUUCCAUCGCGGACUCGACGACCUCGGCCUCGGCUUCGAUCAUCACCUCCAAGUCUUCAUCCAAGGCCGCCACUUCCUCCACCCGCAAGGCUUCGAGCACAUCUUCCUCCGCGUCGUCGUCUGCGACCGGGUCUUCCAGCAACUCGAGUGGCCUCAGUGGUCUCCUCAAGAAGCUCUUCCCCGUCUCCGACUCCGUCUCCUGGACCACCUCCACUGCCGCUAGCGAUGCGCUUUCCCUCAGCGACGCCACGUUCGGUGUGACGAAGCUCAUCAAGGCGCUCACGCACACCUACAUGAACGCACCCGACGGCAAGAUGUCAAUGCAGGCGCACUACCCCAAGGGUUCGUACACGUUCGGUCACAGCCCGCAGGGUGGUUUCUCUUUCUACGCCACCGGUCCCUCCGACUUCUCCCUCGCCGACGCCAAGGAGGCGACGCUCUCCUACACCGUCAUGUUCGACGAAGGCUUUGACUUCAACAAGGGCGGCAAGCUCCCCGGCCUCUAUGGCGGUGACUCUGCCACAGAGGCUGCGUCUUGCUCGGGCGGCCGUCGCGACGACGGCUGCUGGUCCGCCCGGUUCAUGUGGCGCACCGGCGGCAUGGGCGAGCUCUACACCUACCUCCCGCCGUCGUACUCCGCGAACAAGGCCGUCUGCAACGUCGCCCCUCAGUCCGAGUGCAACUCCGUCUACGGCGCGUCCGUCGGUCGCGGCUCGUUCAACUUCGCCGCCGGCACCCGCGCCCUGAUUGGCCAGCGCGUCAAGCUCAACGACGUCGGCCAGGAGAACGGCGAGCUCGAGCUCUUCGUCAACGGCGAGAGCGUCUUUACCGUCCAGGGUCUCGUCUUCCGCGACAAGGAGGAAGGCCGCUUCCAGGGCAUCCAGAUGCAGACUUUCUUCGGUGGUACGCUCGAUGCUUCGUGGGGGUCCCCCAAGGACCAGAACACGUACUUCUCCGACUUCUCCGUCGCCGUCACCGAGAAGUUCUAA